AUGCCCAUCAAGCUCCCUAAAAGCUUUGCCCGACGGAAAUCGUCUGGCAAUACCCUAGAAGAGGUGGAAACGCCUCCGCAACCAUCCUUUCGAGUUUUCGAACGCCCUUCAGUGGACAAAAAUUCCUUGAGUGAUGGCAAUCUUCUCUCAAAAAGGCUCAGCUCAGCACAUCCUCUAGAUUCACCAACGGAAGACCACGACAACAUCUUUGCAGGAACUAACGACCGCCCUCAGAGAGACUUCAGAGGUUUGAACGAGAACUCCAGCCGAUCUCUCCCAACACGCCGUUCCACGGACGGACCAGUUACAUCGGACGCUUCGUCACCGCACUCUCGAAACCUAUACGAUAUACCGAUACCCCCGUUGUCUGGUGCAUUGCGAGCAGCCGGUCGAACCUUUUCUUUCGGCGGAAGAUUCUCAAGAUCUUCGGUGCCUCCACCGCAACAGUCCCCCCCUAGAAGUAGGGCUAUGACAACCAGCACAAACAGCACUGCCACCCCUCCCAAACUCCCGGAUACAGAGCUGCGAAUUGGCCAACUGGGGGAUGACUUCCAGAAUAUGUUCGAUGGCCUUGGGAAGCGAGGGGAUGGCGUCCGGGAAACAACUCGAAAUCCCUCGGUAGACUCGUACUCCUCUUCCCCUUCAGAGACCCCCUCCCGUAAGGAGGAAAAUUUGCCCGGCUCUAUGAAUAUCAAUACGGAUCGGUCGAAAGAACCUGAACCCUCGCCCUACUCAUGGGGUAGCCGCCCGUCAGAAGAAGGCCUCCUAGCAGCACUCGAUUCUCCUCGGGAAGAAUCGACGGCAGCCCGACCCGAGCUUCAACAUUCAAAUCUCUUAUUUCAUGACGGGCGACGAAAAUCGCUACCUCUGUCCAGUGCCGUGCCUCUUCCCACCACUGCCCAUCGUUCUUUGGAAAGACCGCAAGGCACUACAGAUAAAGGGUUACGGAGAAGCGUUUUAUACCCUAGCAAGCGGGGCUCAACGCCAGUGGAAGACGAGGACGCUAAACUGAUCAUGGAGUCUCUCUAUUCGAACAAACGGGCCUCGAAUGUACCACUCACAUCCGACCACGACGACUCGGACGCGGAGAUCGACAUCCCUCUUUUUGCGAAAGAAAGCACAGUGGUUACGAAGCAGCCAGGGUAUCACACCUCACCUCCGCUGCAUACGCAACCACAUAAACCCACUGGCUUCAAUGAUGAUCGCCUCGACCCUUCUAUCGUAGCCCAUGCGCAAUUGGCUGUGCAGUUCGAAAAGAAACAAUCGGCACCAGUGUCGUCAACAAAUAAAGUCAUGACGCCCUCCCAAUUUGAGCAUUACCGGCAACAGCAAGAGCUGAGGAGGUCGAAUAGUGAUGCAUCAAAGAGCGAAGACUCCGCGGGCAGCGAUUUUGACGAAGAGGACGAGGCCGAGAAGAAUCGUGAGGCAGAAAAGCAGCGACGGAAGCAAGAAGCCCACCUAUCCGUUUAUCGGCAACAAAUGAUGAAAGUGACUGGCCAGCAAGCUCCAACACCUUCUCUCCGUCCAGAGAUUGAUCAGGCUAGCAAUAGCGCGCCGAACCUUACAGUUCAUCUCUUUGGCCAGCCUAAUAGGUCAUCAAGUGGGAAAAGCAGCGAAGGUGAUGACGACGACGAAAUCCCUCUCGGGAUCUUAGCUGCGCAUGGGUUUCCGAAUAGGAACCGCCCCCCAAGUCGUCUUGCUCCGUCGAGCUCUAUUCCAAACCUGCGGGCAUCCUUCCACCAACCUCAUAUCUCGUCCACAGGUUCGGUUGGUGGGAACGACGCUGGAAAUCGUGGAAGUUUGCCUGUUUUUGCCAGGAACCUACCACGAGAUCCUUACUACGGGGCAGGCUUAGUGAACCCUUCUAACAGAGAGUCGUUGGCUCUUGGAGGAGGCACAUCUGUUUACGGAGGACCUUCCGCUGCCCCAGGCCCUUCGCCUGGGCUACCCCCUGGAGGGUUAAUUGGCGUGAUCGCUACUGAGGAACGGGCGAGAGCAAUGAGGAGAGGAAGCCCCAAUACCCAGGCUAUGUACGACUUUCAGGCCGGGGUACCGUCAGUCCCUACCCAUCUCAAUGGAAUUCCUAGACCCUAUACAAUGAUGAGCAUGAACCCACCAAGUCUUUCUGGCCCCCAGCAGGGGGUCACCGCUACGGAGCAAGCCCAGAUACAACUUUCCCAGCAAAUGUCGAAUAUGAUGCAGAUGCAGAUGCAGUGGAUGCAGCAAAUGAUCAGUCUGCAGGGCGGGCAAGGUUCCCCUCAAGUACAACAACCAAUGCCACCGGGCGGGUUUCCUUUGGCCAAUACAGCUAUGAGGCCGUCUUCCAUGCCCUCAGCGGCGCCGGUGCCCUCUGGAUAUGGGGCUGAUCAAAGAACGCUUAGCCUGCUUGACCCUAACUCUUCUCAGCUGAAUGUCCCGAUGAUGCCAUACUCUUCGGGACCGAACCGGCCAAGCACCCCAGCAGGACAAGGCUAUGCGCCGUCAAUUGCGCCGUCAGAACGUAGCAAUAUAGGGUUGGCGCCUCGAUAUCGCCCUGUAUCGACGAUGCAACCAGAGACAAGCUCGGGGGCCUAUCCUCUCUCUUCAAAACCGUGGAAUGAUGAAAACGUGAGGUCUUCCGUCUCCGUUGCUUCCCCGGCUGCUUCACAAAUGACCAAGCCGACUGUCCGACCUAUUUCGAAUGGCGGAAACCCAGCCAUGGCCGGUAGAGCUGGCAACAAUACCCAACCAGAAGAUGAAGACGAUGAUGAAGGCUGGGCUCAGAUGAUGAAGAAACGAGAAAAUAAGCGAAGUAACUGGAAAAUAAAGAAAGAGACAUCCAGUUUUGGGGACCUGUUGAAUGUGGUACAUUAA